AUGCACAGCUUGGAGGUGUGCACAGCCGACGAUGGAGGGCGCUGUGAAACUAAUGUCGACUUAGCAAACGAACUAAAAUUAAUACGCGAGCAGUUGACUACUAUUGCCCGCGAAAUGGUAUCUUUUCGCCAGGAAAUCACUAACAUUAAUUCUAAUGUUAGUGAAAUAAGUAACAGGGUUAGCGACGUCGAGAAAAGGAUCGCAUGUCUUAAGCAGCAGGCAACGGACUUGCCGAGUCAACCCGGAGCGUCGAAGGUCGAAGAUAGCAUAGCGGAGUUAAAGUGUCGACUUAUGGGUACACACAAACGUAGUCCGGCGAUAACUCCACUGUUUGAUGGUGUACGUUCAAAAUAA